CGAAUCAUCGGGUCCAUAUUAACGUUCGGUCAUAGCAAGACGGAAAGGGAGAAAGUGGGGAACCGGAACUGGGAGAGUGGGAAGGGCAUUUCAAUUGCAUUUAGCCGCGAAAAAGGAAGAAACAAGAAACCCCUCCCAAAACCCUCGAUCCACAGACCGUCGCAGAAGCGGGGAACAUGUCGGGCUUUUCCUUCACUCCCUCAUCCACUCCUUCCUCCUCGUCUUCCCAAUCUCAACCAUUAUCCUUCAACUUUUCAUCUUCUUCGUCAUCUCCUCUCUUCUCUUCUACCACCCCAACGUCACCCUUCGCCGCCGCCGCCACCACCUCUUCCUCCGCAUCCCCCUCCCUAUUCGGUUCUGCUGCUUCAUCUGGUGGUUUCUCAUUUGGGGCUUCGUCGUUUGGUUCCACUCCUUCCGCAAACCCUACCACCUCUUCCUCAACGACGCCUAGUAUCUUUGGUGGAUCCCAGUCCUCUUCGGCCCCGAAAUUUUCCUUCGCAACCGGUUCUACUUCGUCCUCGUCUACUUCAAAUUUUUCAACUCCCUCUAGUUUUGGUGCAUCUUCUGCGUCUGCUCCCUCAUUCUCGUUUCCAUUGUCUACAAGUUCUGCAUCGUCCGCAAGUACUGGUUCGUCGCUGUUUGGGACGUCUUUGACAUCUACGACUUCGGCCUCUUCUGCUAGUCCCGCCCCGGCGUUCUCUACUCCGUCAAUAUUCGGAUCUCCUGCGACCACUUCUUCUCCUUUCUCUGGUUCGACAUUGUUUGGAACUUCAUCAUCCUCUGCUUCUACGACUACUUCUACUAGCACUCCCGCUGUCUCUGGUUCGAUUUUGUUUGGAAAUUCAUCAUCUUCGGCUCCUACAACUACUGCUACUAGCACUUCUGCUUUCUCUGCCUCGACAUUGUUCGGAUCUUCCUCGACUUCGACUCCUACAACCACAGCCGCCCCUUCUCCGGCUUUCUCUGCUUCAAAAAUGUUUGGAGCUUCUUCGGCUUCAACUUCUGCUGCUAGUACUCCCCCGGCCUUCUCUGCCCCUUCAUUAUUUGGGGCUUCAUCUUCCUCAUUGUCAUCAUCUUCAGCUUCAAGCGCUCCUUCUUUUACCAACUUGUUUUCUUCGAGUUCAGCCUCUGCAGCACCAUCAUUUUCAUUUCCGAGUAGCUCAGCUCUUUCUAAAAGUUCUGCGAGUUCUACUGCUACGAUCGUUUCCUCUACCUCAGCGUCUUCCUCUUCUUCCUCAUCAAGUUUGUCUUUCGGAACUCCAUCAUCAUCUGCAUUCCCAACUUCGUUUGGAUUUGGAAGUGCUACCUCUGGCGUUGCUAGCUCUGCUGCAAGUUCUACCGCAAAACCUAUUUCUUUAAGUUUUGGAUCUUCUUCAGCACAAUCUGUUUCUUCAACUGUCACAGCUACCAGUGCUGCAACUCCAGCAGUGAGUGCAACCCCUGCGUCUUCUUCUCCUGCUUUGUUCUCUUCACAAGCUUCUGGCUCAUCUGCUUCUACGCCAUCAUUUCCUGUUUUCGGGACUAGUUCUUCAUCGGUAACUACAGCGUCAACAUCAGCAGCUACGACCACUACCGCCACAUCUGGCACUACCAGUCCUUUCUCAAGUUUUUCAUUGUCAACUAAGAUAUCAGCUCCCACAUCAUCGUCACAACUCCAAUCAUCAACUGCUGCACCGGUAUUUGGUGUUGCUGCUUCAAGUUCUACAGCUGCCUCAACUGACUCGGCACCAAAAUUCAGUUUUUCUGGUACCAGCAGCAGUGCAGCUCAGACAUCAUCUACUGUUGCUGUAACUACCAGUAGUGGAACUGUGCCUUCAACUGUCAGUGCAACGGUAUCUCCUGCACCAAAAUUACCGUCUGAGAUCACUGGAAAAACUGCUGAGGAGAUUAUCAAAGAGUGGAACUCUGAGCUACAAGAACGGACUGGGAAAUUUCGAAAGCAGGCUUGUGCAAUAGCUGAGUGGGAUAGGAGGAUCCUUCAGAAUAGGGAUGUUCUUCUUAGGCUUGAGAUUGAAGUAGCAAAAGUAGUUGAGACACAAGCUAACUUGGAGCGACAAUUGGAGUUGAUUGAGACUCAUCAACAAGAGGUUGAUAAAGCUUUGCAAAGUAUUGAAGAAGAAGCUGAUCGUGUUUACAAGGAUGAGCGUGGAUUACUUCUUGAAGAUGAGGCUGCAUCUGCAAGAGAUGCUAUGUAUGAGCAGGCAGAAUUGAUUGAAAGAGAGAUGGAACAGAUGGCUGAACAAAUCAAGUCAAUUAUUCAGACCUUAAAUACUAGCCAGGGUGGGGACCUUGAUGCAAUAGAUGGGAUGACUCCGUUAGAUGUUGUUGUCCGGAUUCUAAACAAUCAACUUAGUUCACUCAUGUGGAUUGAUGAAAAGGCUGGAGAGUUCUCUUCUCGCAUUCAGCAGCUAGCUAGCCGUGGUUCUGCUGCCAACCAGGACUUGGCCGGUUCAAGAUUUUGGAUGAGUUGAUCAUUGACCUGUUGCUGAAGAAGGCAUAUAUAUGAAUCAGCUGUGCCAAGUGAAGCCAGGCAAUGUGCUGAGGUGUUCCAUAUGUGCCUUCACUAUGGUCCAUGGAGAAUUUUUAUUCCUUCCCCAAUGACAUCCAACUAAUUUUCCCCUGUUCUGUUUUUUCCCAUUCUCUGUUAUUCUUCUUUGAUAGAGUACUGUAUAUCUGGCUGUACUUGAAAAGCCCCAACCGUGUAAUUUUGGUGUAUGCUGCUUAUUGGAAGUAAUUUAGACUCAUUGUGUAAUAUAGCAAUAACGUUUUUA